AUGGCCAACGUCACCACCUUCCUCGCCGGAAGCACCGGCCUCGUCGGCUCCAACAUCCUCAACACCCUCCUCGCGCACCCCUCCAUCGCCCACACCUCGGCCUUCACCAGGCGCGCCCUCUCGCAGACCUCGCCCAAGCUCUCCACGCUCCCCGCCGACCCCAGCACCGCGCAACAAGAGCCGUCCAAGCUCUGGCCCACGCUCUUCCCGAACCCGGCGCCGCAGCCGUCCGUCUACUUCUCGGCGCUCGGCACGACGCGCGCGCAGGCGGGCAGCGUCGACGGGCAGCGGCUGAUCGACCACGACCUGAACCUGGCGCUGGCGCAAGCCGCGAAAGCCGCCGGCGUCAAGACGUACGUGCUGAUCUCGACGGGCGCCGCCAACAGCGCGUCGUCGUUUGCGUACCUGAAGAUGAAGGGCGAGCUGGAGGACGCCGUCAAGGCCCUCGGCUUCGACCACACGGUCAUCCUGCGCCCCGGCGUCAUCCUCGGCAACCGCCAGGACAGCCGCCCCGCCGAGUUCGCCGUCAGGAAGGUCGCCGGGUUGGUCGGUAUGUUCGGGAGCGGGUUCAAGGACUUUUGGGCGCAGGAGGCUGAGGUGAUUGCGAAGGCGGCGGUGGCGGCGGGGUUGCAGUGCGUGGAGGGGAAGAGGGAGAAGGGCGUGUGGGAGGUGCAGCAGAAGGAUAUCGUUAGGUUGGGCCGGACGGAGUGGAGUGUGGGGGAGCAGAAGUGA